CAGACGGAGGCCGUUGUCUCCGCUGACUGCCAGAAGCUAUGCGAUAGCCUGUUGGGUGCAAAGGUCACGAUCCCAACAGGGACAAUGUUCAGCAGUGAUCGGCUUCUGAAGAUUCUGGAAUUAGUGAGAUUCCGGAGUGAGGCGCGCAUCUUUCGCGACGUCACGCCCCUGCUCGUUCCAUCCCCGGAACUUCUUUACAUCGAUGGUCAUGAUAGCCUGGAGCAUGUCCGGGAAGCUAUCGAUGCGGAAUGGACCAAUUGCGAACCCAUCUGCGGUCCUCAGCCUAAGCCCGACCUCACCAUCGGGAUCGCAGCGACCGCUUUUACAGACGAAGAGAUCGAGACGAUGCGCCUGAAUUGCCUACACACUUGUGAGAUCCUACCGUCUGAGCGCAUCUAUUGCCCUUUCCUCAUCUGCGAAGCAAAAGGCAAUAGAGGUACAAUAGAAGAAGCAGACCGCCAGGGCAUGCACGCAGCGAGCAUUGCAGUACUUUCGAUUGUGCAGCUUUUUACCAACAUCUCAGCGAUAGACGAAGUCGAUGGUAGGAUUUUGGCAUUUUCCGUCUCGCACAACAAAGAGAUUAUCAAGAUCUUUGGACAUUUUGCCGUGGUCAGGGAUGGAUCACCACGAUACUUCCGACGUCGGGUCUUUGUCACCGACUUUGCAGAAGAUGUUGCGGUUGGGCAGUGGCAUAAGACGUAUGGUGUGGUCUCCGCGAUCUACAAGAACUUCUAUCCCCAGCAUCUUGCUCGAAUCAAGUCUGCGCUCUCCCGG